AUGGGAAAGCAACAGUCAUCCUUGGGAAAAUACCUCCAUGCCAUCAAAGACUCCCCACGGGAGGUUUUCAAUCGACGGCUCUUCCUGACGGUCAUUGCGUUUGCCCUUGGAGGAUGUGCCAAAGGAUGGGAUGAAGGGUCGGCUGCUGCUAUUACGCAACUUCCAUCCUUUCAAGACGUCUAUCAUCUCAACGAUAAUGUCAUAUCCAACGUCGUGUCUCUCGUUAACCUUGGCGCUGGAAUCGGGGCACUCCUUUCGUUUUUGCUGAACGAUCGAAUUGGCCGAAUAAGAUCACUUCAGGUAUAUCAGGUCAUCUACAUUGUAGGCUACCUUAUAUCCUGUUUCUCGACGGCAAUUGUCGGGGUACUAUAUAUUGGUCGGAUCAUUGCUGGUCUUGGAAUAGGAGCCUUGUCCGUUGUCUGCCCAAUGGCGAUAUCCGAAAUUGCUCCCAAGGCUGUGAGAGGACUAAUGGCAUUGUGGUUCAAUAUCUGCAUGCUAUCAGGUCAAACAUUGGGCGUUUUCAUUGUCUACGGCUGCUCUAUCCAUAUCUCACCUUUCAAGGAUCUACAAUACCAGGUUCCUUGGUUCGCCCAAACAUUCGUCUCUGGAAUUAGCAUUGCUUUGUCAUUCUUCAUUGUGGAAUCACCUCGGUGGCUUCUCAUUGACCAGAAGCAUAACCAGUCUCUCGGGGCGUUGGCCCGGCUUCGUGGACUGCCGAACGACGCGAAAUUUGUGGCCACCGAAUUUCAUGCCAUGGCAUCGCAGAUUGAGGAUCGUGAGGCAGGCCUUGGCAAGAACAAAUCUAUACAAAUCAUCCGGGAUACCUUCCUGAUCAAAUCCAACUUGCGCCGGGUGCAGUUGACAAUCAUUGUCUACAUCCUAGCGCAAAUGUCUGGGGCCAACGCCAUCACCAAUUAUUUACCAACAAUCUUUGGCUUAAUUGGAAUCACAGACUCGCAUGUUAAGGUCUAUUCCACCGGCCUAUACACUGUUGCUAAACUAAUUUGCUGUGUGGCUGCCUCGCUUUUCCUUAUUGACCUCCUCGGCCGCCGAAAAUCCUUGAUUCUGGGCAUUUCUUUUCAGAUCAUUUGCCACUCCUACCUGGCCGGAUAUCUGAAAAUUUAUCAAACGCACAAGCACAGCAUGAGCAAAUCCUCAACGGAUGCGGCGUUGGCGUUUGUUUAUAUUCAUGCAUUUGGGUGGGCCAUUGGUCUAUAUAGCCUGCCAUAUCUUUUCGGCGCAGAGCUCUGGCCUAACAAAAUUCGUUCCUUUGGUGGAGCACUAUCGCAGUGCUUUCACUGGCUGUUCUACUUUGCUAUUACUAAAGCUACCCCCUUUAUACUUACUGGUCUUCACCAGUGGGGCGCCUUUGUUCUAUUCAUUGGCUUCUGUGUCUUAGCUCUCCUCUACACCUAUUUCAUUAUACCUGAAACCGCGGGAAUGAGUCUCGAAGAGAUCAACAAAAUUUUCGAGCGGCCAUUACUUUUGUUGGCUCGGCCACUUCAGUCGUCUGAGCACGUUGAGCAAGGAGGAUCCACGGGAAAUGAGUUGGGCGACUUGAAGGCAAAUGAGAAAUGGAUUGAGAAAGCAUGA